CGGAGCCGAGUUGGUGUUUGGCCGCUACUCUUUCGCCACGACGGUGGCUUUUGCGCGGACUCUGACAUACACAAUAGCGGUAGAAAUACACCUUCUCACAGUUUUUGAAUGACUACACUGGUGCAUGGUGGAACACGGGGCACUUAGAUCGGGGACUUUUCUAUGGGGUGCCAGUUCUACAGAUAUCCUGCCAAAGAAGAUGAAGAAAAACAGAGAAAGAUUCUGCAGCAGAGAGAGGGAAUUUGUGUAUAAAUUCAAAAUAGGAAGUCAGUGCUUAGAACUGAGGGUGCCGCUCAAAUUUCCUGUUCAGGAGAAUGUCAGCUCCUUACAUGGGCGCCUGAUGCUGCUGCACAGCUUGCCAUGCUUUAUAGAAAAAGACUUAAAAGAAGCUCUGAGCCAGUUUAUAGAAGGAGAAUCCCUCAGAGAUUAUGAUAGAGAGGCUGAAGCAUCGCUGGAAGCUGUGAAAUCAGGUGAAGUAGAUUUACAUCAUCUGGCAAGUACAUGGGCCAAAGCUUACGCUGAGACCACAUUAGAGCAUGCAAGGCCUGAAGAGCCCAGCUGGGAUGAAGAUUUUGCAGAUGUGUACCAUGACCUAAUUCAUUCUCCUGCCUCUGAAACGCUCCUAAAUUUGGAACAUAAUUACUUUGUUAGUAUCUCAGAACUGAUUGGUGAAAGAGAUGUGGAGCUGAAAAAAUUACGAGAGAGACAGGGUAUUGAAAUGGAAAAAGUGAUGCAGGAGUUGGGAAAAUCACUGACAGAUCAAGAUGUAAAUUCACUGGCUGCUCAGCAUUUUGAAUCCCAACAAGACUUAGAAAAUAAAUGGUCAAAUGAAUUAAAACAAUCGACUGCCAUCCAAAAACAAGAGUAUCAGGAAUGGGUGAUAAAACUUCAUCAGGACCUAAAAAACCCCAACAACAGUUCCCUCAGUGAAGAAAUUAAAGUUCAACCAAGUCAGUUCAGAGAAUCAGUAGAACCAAAUGGAAGGAUUUAUGAGGAACAGAGAAAGUUAGAAGAAAGUUUUACCAUUCACUUAGGAGCUCAGUUGAAGACCAUGCAUAAUUUGAGAUUGCUGAGAGCAGACAUGCUGGAUUUCUGUAAGCACAAAAGAAAUCAUCGAAGUGGUGUGAAGCUCCAUCGACUCCAGACAGCUCUGUCACUUUAUUCCACAUCUCUCUGUGGCCUGGUUUUACUAGUAGAUAAUAGAAUUAAUUCAUAUAGUGGUAUUAAAAGAGAUUUUGCCACAGUUUGCCAAGAGUGCACUGACUUUCAUUUUCCCCGAAUUGAAGAGCAACUGGAAGUUGUCCAGCAGGUGGUACUUUAUGCUAGAACCCAGCGCAGGAGUAAGUUGAAAGAACCACAUGAUUCUGGAAACCGAAAUGGAGGAAGUGAAGAUAAGUCUAAAAAUGCUGAUAGAAACUAUUUAAAUAUUUUACCUGGAGAAUUUUACAUUACACGGCAUUCUAAUCUCUCAGAAAUCCAUGUUGCUUUUCAUCUUUGUGUGGAUGACAAUGUGAAAUGUGGAAACAUCACUGCUCGCGAUCCUGCCAUUAUGGGACUCCGAAACAUCCUCAAGGUUUGCUGCACCCACGACAUCACAACAAUAAGUAUUCCUCUCUUGCUCGUGCAUGAUAUGUCAGAGGAAAUGACUAUACCAUGGUGCUUAAAGAGAGCAGAACUUGUGUUUAAGUGUGUCAAAGGUUUCAUGAUGGAAAUGGCUUCAUGGGACGGCGGAAUUUCUAGGACAGUGCAAUUUCUGGUACCACAGAGUAUUUCUGAAGAAAUGUUUUACCAACUUAGUAACAUGCUUCCCCAGAUCUUCCGAGUAUCAUCAACACUUACUCUGACAUCCAAGCACUAAACCCUUAUAUAUCACCAUGCUGGCAGAAGAGGACUGUUAACCUCUCCAGGAACUUGAGCUCUGCUGGGAUUCCGUCAAGCAAAGAUGCCCAGAAAGAGAACUUGCGACCCAAGCCACCAAUCAAAUCAUGAUAGAUGUCUGUUAAACAUUCCAAAGACUCAUCUACCGUACAGGCUGAUGAUCAGCCCCUGAUGUAAACAUUUAUUGUUAAAGUCUCUAUGAAAAAAAAAAAUGUCUUUUCCUGUUGUUGUAUCCUAUCUGUGAAUAUUAGUAGGUUUAAACUUCCUGUAUCUCGUGCAAGGACACUUGAUGUAGGAGAGUGUUCACUGCAUUUUCAUAAAGACAUUUGUCUUUUCCCAAAGGUCUGAAUCAUAUCAGGUACAAGACUUAAUUAAGCAUACAAAUAAAAUCUUUCCUCUAUCUUAUUUGUCAAGUGAAAAUUAAAAAGCACUGAAAUACACAUUACA